CCGGCGUAUAAGGCAUUUUCUCCGGGAUCGCAAUCGGAUUCGGAUCGGAUACGGAUUUGGAAAGUGAAGUGAAGUGUGGUGCGGUUAAAAAUAAACAGAAAACCAAGCAAGCCAACCGGGGCUAAGAAGUUCUUUUGACCAGAUCAAUCGGAGAUAUGGGAUUGAAAUCGGGAUAUAGAAUGCCUAACGAAAAUCCGUAAAAUAGCUGAUCGGUGGAAUUUCGUGGCGUGCGUUGAAUAACACUGAUAAAACAAUAUACAGAGCGACCAAACAUAAAUAAUAUUCCACAUGCAUAGUUCCGAAAUACAUCAGCUGCUAAAAUAAACGAAUCGGUGAAGCCGAAGCCCCAACAAAGGCCAGCCGAUCCGCAUGACGUCACGGGUGAGCAUCUGGCAAGGAGCUACUGCAUCAGCAUCAGUGGCAUCACCAUCUCCAUCAGCACCCCAACGAGCCGAGGGAGGCAACAGCCAUAAUAAACAGCGUUAGGCAGCCGGAAAUCCUUGGAGUCGUAAUCUAUGCGAGUAUCGGCCCGAUACCAGACCCGAGCAUGUCCAGGCGAGCGCCAGUUGAAGGCCAAUCGAGACGGGAACCGGCACUGAAACCGAAGCGGAAGCGACCAGCUAAGAGAUGUCCUCGCGUCGGAGCUCCUUUCGCCGGAAGGAGAAGCCGGCGUUUGAGCGCUUCAAGGACCACUGCCGCCACUUUACGGCGUUUAUGUUCAGCAACGUGGGCAUCAUCCUGCUAGUCACAUUCUACACAAUUGGCGGAGCAUUUAUCUUCCAGGGUAUCGAGAUCUUCGAGUACGAGCGCCUGAAGCUAGAGAAGCCGCAUCGGUUUAUAGCGCGCAACUUUAGCGGCGAAUGCCUCACCAGAAUUUGGGAACUCACGGCGGAGAACAUAAGCUUUUUCGACCACCAUGCCUACAGGAAACGGGUAAACGAUGUGCUCCUAGAGUACCAGCGGGCCAUAGUGAAGAAGCAACUAAAGGGACCAGACGUCGAGCAGUGGAGCUUCUCCGGAGCCUUUCUCUAUUCGCUGACGGUGAUUACGACUAUCGGCUAUGGGAACAUCACGCCUCAGUCGGAGUGGGGUAAGCUGGUGACCAUUCUGUACGCAAUUAUCGGGAUGCCAUUGUUCCUGCUCUACCUCUCCAAUAUCGGCGAUGUGUUGGCUAAGUCCUUCAAGUGGAUAUACUCCAAGGUGUGCCUGUGCCGCAUCUGUCCCGGUGUGGCCAAGCGAAGGAUCAUCCGCGAGAGGAGAAAAAUGCGCCAAAUGGCCAGAGCACUGCAAUUGCACGACAUGGAGAAUGCCAGGGGAAGCAGUAGUUACUCCAGCAGUAGCAGCAACACUUCAACGUCCAACAGCAGCAGCAGUGACUAUACCAGGAGUUCCCACCACAGUUCCAGCCUGAUGGACAUUCCGUUCAGUGGCUCCGACUCGGAUAUCGAGCGUGAAAUACGAGGCAGCACAGAUGAGAUCACGGUCCCAGUCACUGUCUGCAUAUUUGUAAUGGUUGGCUAUAUACUGUGGGGCGCCUUGCUCUUUGGGCGCUGGGAAGAUUGGAACUAUCUGGAUGGCAGCUACUUCUGCCUCAUAUCGCUAAGCAGCAUUGGAUUUGGGGAUCUGGUGCCGGGCGAUCGUGUGAUAACUGCCGAUAGGGAUAAGGUCGAGUUGAGCUUUAUACUCUGCGCCGUGUACUUGCUGCUGGGCAUGGCAGUGAUUGCCAUGUGCUUCAACCUUAUGCAGGAGCAGGUCGUUCACAAUAUUCGGGCCGUCAAGAGGGGUUUCAAGGCUUGCUUCCGUUGCCGUAGCUCCUAAGAGGCUUCAAAACUGGCUUUGUCGUACAAAAUCAUAUAUAAUUGUCCACUGUUGAUGUAGACUUUGGCUAGGCUUAAGAUAGAUAUAUAUAUAU